ACUGUAUAGGAAGGUCGUGACGGAUUUGAAAUUAUACUCUACUAAUACCUGACGUUUUUUCAGCCUGGUGGGUGGUCUUUACACAUUUGGAUCUCAUAGGAGUAUAUUUCUACUAAGGCAAUAUUAGCCAUCUAAUAGAGUUCCGCUUUAGCACUCAUAUGGAAAUACUUCAUAUUUUCUACAGAUUGGGAUGAAAACUACAAUUAUUUUGUUGUACAAAUGGAGGAUUGUAAUAUAUUUGGUUAUGCUAUGUUGUCUGUAUAUAUUCCUUUGGUGUCUGACGCCUUCUGAGUUUGUUCCAGAAUUUAUAAAGACUGACGAACCUCACGAAUGUGUCGCAGACCGCCUUAAACCAUUUGCAAAAAAAUUGAAGGAUCUAGACGCGUUUUUAAUUCAGCCGGAAAACUCACAGAGCAGUCUUCUUACAUUCACAGGCUCGUUGCUAACUCAUUUUUACUAAUUUUGACAUAGGGAAUGGCUUUCUUGGUUGUUCUUUUCAAGAACAUAACAUAUUGAUCCAUAAUAACGGGUUUUUAUCUCAAAGCACCAAGAUACCUGCAUUGAUCACACUAGAUGUUCAUGGAUAUGUCAAUUUUAUAUGUCUCAGAAGCACUACUACUGGAUAUCCGGGACGGACUGAUGCAUAAAAUGAGCUGUUUCAAGCACGUGAAUGAACUAUGUGUAUCUUCAGGUACAACGGUGUACGCUCAUCGUCGGUAUCCAAGCCUUCUGAUUCAAACAUUUCGUGUCUAUAAUCCUAUGGAUUGGGAUAAUACUGUCAAAAUUGAUAAAGGUAACUUAAGAAAUUGGACAGAACUUGUUUCCUUACGUUUUAUUCGACUUCAACAAAAAAGUGAACUAAAGAAUCAUGCUACAGAAGAAGUAACUUAUCAAGUUGCUUGUGGAUUAGUACGUUUACCAUCACCAGAAAACUUCAAAACAAAUGACCUUAAUCCCGUUAUAGCACAAGUAUUAGUGGUUGUUGUAUUUGAACCAGUAUUUCCAGAAAACCUUACCGUUCUAUCGGGAUCAACACAAUCAUAUACUUUUAUUACUGGUAUUCGAAUAUCUGACCAACCAAUCUUGAUUACAGAACAUGAUUUAAUUCAAUUUAAAUCAGAUCUUGGCCAUUUAGCCAAAGAACGAACACGAUUAGAAUCAUUAAUUUCAUCGGAAUUAAUGUUUGCUUUAAGUUAUCCAGAAAAUGAAUUACGUAAAGAACAUAUUGAUGCUUGGAAUCUCCUAUGGACAUCAGGGAUAACGAUUAGUUAUUCAUAUGCUCCUGGAGCUGUAAACGCCAAAGAUAUCAAUACAACAUUGUAUUAUAUUGCAUCAAAUACUCCAGAUUUUUUAUCAACUCAAUUAUCACUGAAUAAUUCAGCUAUAGAUGAAUAUAAAAUUCGAUACAGAGAUUAUGAUCAAUGUUUUCGAGGGAUGUAUACUUUACAGUCAAAUUCAUUAUGGCAACCAGUCACAUCACUUUCAUCUAUGCAUAAUUUAAUACGUUCAUGGCGUCAUACAUUAAUUGAUGGUGGGUGUGAGAAAUUACUUCAAUCUGGUGUUUACGGUGUUCAUCAAGCUGUACUGCGUAGUAUCGGUUCAUUCUAUGUAAGCCAUGAUCAUAUAUCAUUUGAUUAUCCACCAGAUUCAUUAUAUCGUGAUAUUUUAUUCCGUCGAAUUCAUUUGAAUAAACCAGGUGUUUAUGCAAAUUUUGAAAUACGUUUAUUAUCUCGUGAAGGUAGUAUUAGUUCACCACAUUUAAUGGCAGUUGAAUUAUCUGUAUGGCGUUCUCCAAGUCUUACAACAUUAUUAUCUUCAUCAUUGUUUAAUAAUAUAUAUGGAAAUAAUAAUAAUAUUCUUGAAGCUAAAAGUUUCUUUAAUAAGUUGGAGAAUGAUGCUUUAAAUAUUUCACUUUAUGUUUGUCCAGCUGCUUGUUAUUCAACACCAGUUCUAGUCAAGACUACUAGACUCGUCGUGCCAUUCACUGUAAGUAUACCACCUACAGCACUAAUGUAUCUUGGAACUGAACUCGGAGAGCUCAUGAAGUACAGUCAAACUCUACAUUAUGUUGAAAUAUCCCCCGGUCCAGCCCCCAGACAUGAUAUAAUUACAUUGCAUAGACAUGGACAUGCAUUUGGCGGGUUACCAUGGCUUUUUUGGAUUAGUUUGGUUUUACUGAUCGCUAUUUUUCACAUGUUUUUCUGUAAAAUCAUAUACAACGAACUGCGAAAUAAGGACCAGAAGUUUGGACCCCAGAAUCCCUGGAAGUUACCACGAUAUGCAUCUGACCUUAUCUCUUCAACAGACCUUGGAACUAAAGCCUAUGGAAACACUCAGAUAUCAAGACGAAGAAUAAUUGAGUUAGACACUGUCCCAUGACUGGGUCAUAAAUAAUCUAAUUCUUUAUCCCCCAACUCGCUUUUUUUACAAAAAAAAAUUUUUUAGAGAUAAACAUUUAUAUACAUAUAUGAAACAAAACUUUUGAACAAAGCACGCUUAUUUAUACUGAAAAAUAUAGUUAGAAGGUAAUAUUACACAACAGAUGUUUACGAGCUUC